CCUUAAGUUUUUAUAAAAUUAAUUUAUUACACCAAAAAAGAAAUCUCCAAUUGUAAUUAUUUUUUAUUCUGGAAAAUGAAACACCUAAUUUCAAUUUCGGACUCCGUCGCGGUUUACAUAGUAGCAAGUAGGGUUGGAAAUCCGAUCCCGGUUUUCCGGUCAAACCAAAAAUCGGCCAAUUUAAAUAGUGUCGGUUGUAACCGGAAACCGGAUCUCAACCAAUCCAAUCCAGUUUGCGUUUGUAAUGCCCACAAUCCCGGUCCGCCCCGGUUAAAACCGGAAAAACUAGAUAACAAUAAAUAAACAAACCCCAGCCCAGCCCGCCCCAGCCCCCAGCCCAAGCUCACCCCCGCCCCCAACUCCCACCACUCUAAAGGCCUAAACCCUAAUCGCCGCCUCCUCUAUUUUCACUCUCUCUCCCUCUGACCCUCAAGCUUCUCUCGUUUCCAAUCACCGACCCACCACACAAGUGUAGGAGAAGAAGAAAAUCCGAGCGACGGCGAUGGUGAGUGGUGACGGCGAUGGCGACGGAGCUCUCCAAAUUCCCAGCGAUGGCGAUGGCGACCGAGGAGAUAUGAUCGCUCGACAAGCGACGGGCGACGGCAUGCAUCGCCUCUCCAGAGUUUGCAUGCUGCCUUUCUCGCUGGAUCUCCCCUUCCCGGCUCGCGCGACUCCAAUCGCAUCUCCAGCUCCAACUCUUCUCGCCUCUCUAACUUCUAUCGAGCUCAUAGGCAUAUCGAGCCAGAGGAGUGCUCGAGGGAGAAGAAGGCGAUGCUUGUGUGUAUUUGGUUUGAUCCAGAAGAGGGAGAAGGAGAAGAAGAAUCACGAAGGUAGAUGGAAAGGAAGAAUUGUGAGAGGAGCAGCGGCGGAGAUGGAAGUUGGGGGAAGGUAAGGGAAUCAAUUAGGGAUUGUGUGGUUGGUACUUGGUAGGAGACGAAUAGGGUGAUUUUUUGUCAUUCAAACGGCUGUGUUUUGGGAUGGAAGAAAGAAAUAAGGUUUUUCGGUUAAAAUCCGGUAAUAAUUCAAUCCCGUCUUCGGUUGUGGAGUUCUCCAAUACGAUUUUAAAAAAUAGGGUCAAUCCAGUCCAGUUUAAACCGAACAAGACUGUUUCCCGGCCCUUUUAGCAAGUAUAUAAUGAAUUAGAUAAAUUACA